GAUGGUGCGUUCGCGUGCCGUCCUGCUCCGUCCUUUUCUCGCCCCCGGGUCCGACAGAAACGUUCCAUCGCAGCUGUCAAAAAGUGUUGAGCCGACUGCCGUGCCUUCGUUCUUUCUCUUCCGGGCAGUGUACCGAAACUGUUGUGACACAUUUCGCCAAGAUGUUCAUGCCAAAAGCACAUCGCGUCGCCAUCUACGAGUACCUCUUCAAGGAGGGUGUGCUGGUCGCGCAGAAGGAUUUCUACGCCCCGAAACACCCGGAGCUGGAGAACAUCCCGAACCUGCACGUCAUCAAGACGAUGCAGUCGCUCAAGUCGAAGAACUUCGUGAAGGAGCAGUUCGCCUGGCGCCACUACUACUGGUAUCUGACCAACGAGGGUAUCGAGUACCUGCGCGCCUUCCUGCAUCUGCCGUCCGAGAUCGUGCCGUCGACGCUGAAGCGCGCCGCCCGCUCGGAGCCACAGCGUGCCCGCACCCAGGCCGGCCCCCGGCCCGAGGGUCCGAAGACGGGCGAGGACCGCCAGGCAUACCGGCGCAUGCAGCAGGCCGCCCCGGCCGACAAGAAGGGAGACGUCGGUGUCGGUGCCGGCGAGCUCGAAUACGUAAGUACAGUAAUGUGUGUGGCCUUUGGUGUCGCCAUUCGUCUAUAACAUUGUUUUUUGUUUUUCUCUCCCUUUUUAUAGCGUGGUGGAUUCGGCCGUGGUAACCGUAUGUAAAGGCGUCCCUGUUUUUUCCAACAAUCAAAUCCUGUCCGGGUGUUUUUCAAGUUCGAAUCACAGCAGUACGAUAUCGUGCACACGCACGUGCGUGAUUGUAAUGAGCGGAAAGACGAAGUUAAGGGAAUUGUCUUGAUGUCCAGCACACAACACCCCUUCCCCUCCCGAAACACGCGCGCGCAGGGUGUUGUAUUCUCCUUACUUUUGUGACGUGAGCGCUUUGAAAACACCGGGUACGCUUACCUUUAUAAUUUUGUGUUAAGCAACAACAUAAAAGAAAUCAUGGAAAAACGUUCUCUUCGAUUGAAUAAAGCAGAACGAACUUUAAUGCUCUAACACAAA